AUGGGUCGUACAAGCACUGAAGACGCACCUCGCUCUGGAAGGCCAAAAGAGGCUACGAAUGCGGAAAUCGCAAAGCAAGUGCAUCGAAUCGUUUUGAGUGAUCGUAAAGUGAAGUUGCGCGAGUUAACUAAAGCUGUAGGCAUCUCAAAAGAAUGGGCGGGAUACAUUUUGCACGAUGUUUUGGAGAUGAAAAAGUUAUCGGCACGAUGGGUGCCGCGUUUGCUGACCAUCGACCAAAAACAGCAGCGCAUUGAUAAUUCAACGGUCGGUUUGGCGUUGUUGCAGCGUAAUCGAGCGGACUUUUUUCGACGUUUUGUGACAAUGGAUGAAACAUGGGUCCAUUACCAUACGCCUGAGUCCAAUAGGCAGUCUGCAGAGUGA